AGUAAACUUCUUUUUGGCUCAUGCCUUUACAGUUUUCUCUGUUGCAAAGAUUUCAUCACACAGCCGGUUUUUUAUCAUUAUUUUGUGAAACCUAUUCCGCAGUUGAUUAAUUGCAAUAUCUUUCACAAGUCGCCAAUUAUCGGGAAAAGAACGUUCUUCAAAAAACUAUCAAGCGAAAUGGCACAAAGUAAAUUGAAUGACCUCGCCGGAAAGUUUGGAAAGGGUGGACCACCCGGAUUGGGUUUGGGUCUAAAAUUGUUGGCAGUCGGCGGAGCUGCUGUUUACGGUAUCAGUCAAUCGAUGUACACAGUUGAAGGCGGUCACCGUGCAAUCAUUUUCAAUCGUCUCAGCGGCAUCCAAAAAGAAAUCUACCCGGAAGGGCUUCAUUUCCGCAUUCCAUGGUUCGAAUAUCCCAUCAUCUAUGACAUUCGAUCACGUCCACGAAAAAUCUCCUCACCGACCGGUUCGAAGGACUUGCAAAUGGUAAACAUUUCGUUGCGAGUACUGUCCCGACCCGAUUCCAUACAAUUGCCGACCAUGUACCGUCAGCUGGGCUUGGACUAUGACGAAAAGGUGUUGCCGUCGAUUUGUAACGAGGUGCUGAAGAGUGUUGUGGCCAAGUUCAAUGCAUCACAGUUGAUCACGCAACGUCAACAGGUAUCACUGCUAAUCCGCAAAGAGUUGGUGGACCGUGCUAGAGAUUUCAAUAUUAUUUUGGAUGAUGUUUCAUUGACUGAAUUGAGCUUUGGCAAGGAAUACACAGCUGCCGUUGAAUCGAAACAGGUUGCCCAGCAAGAGGCUCAACGGGCUGCCUUCUUUGUGGAACGUGCCGUGCAAGAGAAACAACAGAAAAUUGUGCAGGCCGAGGGUGAAGCCGAGGCAGCAAAAAUGUUAGGUCUAGCGGUUGGACGAAAUCCAGGCUACUUGAAACUGAGAAAGAUUCGUGCUGCUCAGAGUAUAGCCCGAACGAUCGCCAACUCACAAAACAAGGUCUACCUGUCCGCUCAGAGUUUGAUGUUGAACAUCCAGGAUGCAGCCUUUGACGAUAUGACCGCCAGAGUACAAAAUGAAUCUGCAGCGUUUCCAUUCCACGCAAGCUAUCAAAGUCAAUCGGAAAAUUCAACCGUCGAACAUAUAGUCCAUAACACAGCUAAAAUGUUUGUGUGAAAAAAAUACCGUUUUGAUGUUCGACAUUCGGUGGACGUUUAUGAUCUUAACUUGAGGCUGUUUUUUUGCCGGCCUAACACAUUUUUAUAAGCUUCGGACAAAUGCAAUGUAUACACGGGUUGGUAUUAUACAUU